AAUAGAGAUGAGGCUCCGGUAAGCACACACUCACACACACGCACGCACGCACGCAUACACACACCGACUCGAUCCGUCCAUCCCAUCGAUCACUUUUCCCGCCACACUCCUGCUUCACGAGUUUUCUCAGGUCUUAAAACGGGGGAGACGGAUGACCGUCCGUUGCGCGCGACGGGAAGACGUGACGAAAAGACGGUUUGCGCGCGCACACGCGAUAACCGGCGGGCCAUUUAAUAUGACCGCGUAGAACUGGACACAAUCUGACUUUAACCUGAAGCCGGAUAAUCCGAUUAACUAGCAGGGAGGAGCGUUAUCUGCAGAAAGAAGUGCAGCGCUGGAUGAGUGGAGAGACAUGGCGCGCGGGAUGAGCCCGGGAUCGCCUCUCACACCGCUGCUCAUUGUGCUCGCGUGCUCGGCGCUUCACGGUUCGCGCGCCUCGCAGUUCCCCACGUCGCUCAUCAUUAAAGAAUGGGUGGAUCAGAUGCAGCAGGAGCUGGUGACCCUAGCUGACACAGCCAGUGCAGGAAAAAGCUUAGUAGAGAUCUUUAUGAAUAAUCAGAAAUACUACACUGUGGAAACAAACUAUGCAGGAAGGCUGGUGGAUAAUGCAGCACGGAAUAUAGAGAACUUUUUAAAGAAGCGAGCAAAAGCACUUGAGUCUUUGGCAACUGCUGCAGAAAACUUCCAGAUGGAGCAUCAGUGGAAGGAUGAGUUUGCUGAUAGUGACAUAGUCUAUUAUAAUGCCAAGGACAAUCUUGAUGUCAACGAAACUGAAGGAAAGAAAAACCGGAUCCGACCAGAAUUUAAGGAAGAUCCAUCUUUUAAAAAUCGUCUCAUCUCCUACAACCACACAGCUGUGCACAUCCCCACAGACAUAUAUGAUGGCUCCACCAUUGUGUUAAAUGAACUGAACUGGACUGAAGCACUGGAGGAUGUUUUCAAGAAGAACAAGGAGGAAGACCCGACUUUACUCUGGCAAGUGUUUGGCAGCGCUACAGGACUGGCUCGCUACUAUCCUGCCUCUCCGUGGAAGGAUGCCAGGAAAACGCCAAGUAAAAUUGACCUAUAUGACGUCCGCCGCAGACCCUGGUAUGUUCAGGGCGCUGCCUCACCUAAGGACAUGCUCAUUCUGGUGGAUGCGAGCGGAAGCGUGUCUGGAUUAACUCUGAAACUCAUCCGAACAUCCGUCAGUGAGAUGCUGGAGACUCUGUCAGAUGAUGACUAUGUCAACGUAGUGAAUUUUAACACAAAAGUGAACAACACAGCAUGUUUCAAGCAUCUGGUCCAGGCCAACGUCCGCAAUAAGAAAAUCCUGAAAGAUGCAGUGCAGAACAUUACAGCUAAGGGCAUAACCAACUACACAAAGGGCUUUGAAUUUGCCUUCAAACAGCUCUCAGAUCAGAAUGUGUCAAGAAGAGCUAACUGCAAUAAAAUAAUCAUGCUGUUUACUGACGGAGGAGAGGAGAGAGCUCAGGAGAUCUUUGAAAGAUACAACCGUGAUAAGGAGGUCCGGGUCUUUACUUUCUCUGUUGGCCAACACAACUAUGACACUGGACCUAUACAGUGGAUGGCUUGUGCCAAUAAAGGUUACUUCUAUGAAAUCCCUUCUAUUGGAGCAAUCCGCAUAAACACACAGGAGUAUUUGGAUGUCCUGGGCAGACCCAUGGUCCUGGCUGAUGCUAAACAGGUGCAAUGGACCAACGUUUACCUGGACGCCUUGGAGCUGGGUCUGGUCAUCACAGGCACUCUACCUGUCUUCAACAAGACUAAAUCCAGAGAAAACAGCUCGCGCAUCCAGCACGAGAACCAGCUCAUUCUAGGAGUGAUGGGUGUGGAUGUGUCUCUGGAUGAUAUCAAAAGACUAACACCACGCUUUACAAUCGGCCCUAAUGGAUAUUAUUUUGCGAUUGAUCCCAACGGUUAUGUGCUGCUCCAUCCGAACCUCCAGCCUAAGAAUCCCAAAUUUCAGGAACCUGUCACUCUGGACUUCCUGGAUGCUGAGCUAGAAAAUGAUAUUAAAGUCGAGAUAAGAACAAUGAUGAUUGACAGGGAUCCUGGUGAGAGGAAGAUUGAAACACUGGUCAAAUCUCUGGAUGAGAGAUACAUUGAUCGAGGAGUGAGGACUUACACUUGGGUACCGGUCAAUGGCACAGACUACAGUUUGGCCUUGGUUUUGCCUGAGUACAACAUGCACUACAUCCAAGCAAACCUAGGGGACGUAAAGCAAGCCAUGUUCUCAGAUACUAUGCAAGUGGAGAAAUUUGAGGAUUAUGGCUACACCUUUAUAGCACCCAGGGAAUAUUGCCAAGACCUGAAACCCUCCACCAACAACACUCAGUUCCUCAUGGACGUCAUCCAGUACAUCGACAAGAGAAUGCCCAGUGACCCAAUGUGUAAUGUGACUCUACUGAACAGGAUGCUACUGGACGCUGGUCUUACAGCUGAACUGGUCAGUCUUUGGAAAAAGCAGAGUGUAGAAGGUGUGUUAGCCAGGUUUGUGGCUACAGAUGGGGGCAUCACACGGGUUUAUCCUAAAAGUGCUGGAGAGGAGUGGACCGAGAAUGCAGAGACCUUUGAUUCCAGUUUCUACAAGAGGAGUUUAGACAAUGACAUUUACAUCUUCACUGCCCCUUAUGUCAACAAGAGCAGGGAGUCCAGCUAUGAAUAUGGUAUUCUGGUCAGUAAAGCUGUGGAACUGGACUUCAAUGGAGUCAAACUCAAACCAGCUGUGGUGGGAGUCAAACUCAAUGUAUCUGCCUGGAUGAACAGCUUCAUGAAUGCCACCAUGAAGAUAAAUUGUAAGGAUGAAAUCUGUGGCUGCCUCAGGAACGAUAAGUCAUGUUCACUCUGUUAUGAUCAGCAUGUGGACUGUGUCAUACUGGAUGAUGGAGGCUUCCUGCUCAUGUCCAAUCAGGACGAAUACAUCACACAGAUUGGUCAGUUCUUUGGCGAAGUGGACCCCAUUCUGAUGACCAGUCUGUUGAAUACAUCACUCUACUCGUUUAAUAAAACCUACGACUAUCAGUCAGUGUGUGACCCUGAGAAAGAACCAAAGGCUGCCGCUGGGCCACGAUCUGCCUAUGUGCCUACCGUAGCGGACAUGUUAAAUCUGGGCUGGUGGGCCUCCAGUGCUGCAUGGUCAAUGCUUCAGCACUUCCUCCUCAGUCUCACUUUCCCAAGUUUUCUACACGCAGAAGAGGACAUCUCGGAUGCCUACUCAAAAGAGAGCUGUAUAACACAGCAGAUUCAAUAUUUCUUUGCGAAUGACAACAGGUCUUUCCAAGGUGUGCUGGACUGUGGAAACUGUUCUAGGAGAUGAUGUGAGCAGGACAGGUUUCAUGCCCUUCUUUUCUCUCCAUGGCACCUCAACUCUCCAAACCUCUAUGCUUCCCUUU